GCUAUGGCCUCCUCAGCCUUGUUGGGUAUGGCGGGUUAGGGUUUGCUAUGUGUGUUUUUUUCUCUCACCAACCCCCCCCCGAGGUCACCAUUCCUGCACCCUUAUCUCCCACGCUUGGCCCUCUCUUUCGAGCCCCUAGUUGAUCGUACUGCGCUGCUCGAUUGCUCACUGUCGAGCUCAGUCUCGUGAGAAACGGAUCUUUCGACUGGAAACGCGAAUUCUGUGGACAUUUUCUCGCUUUCUAUCACGGUCGUUGUCGGACUCCCCUAAAUUUCUGAAAUGGCGAAACAUUACGAUGACGACGAAGCAGAGGAGGUCGAUGAGGAGGAGGCUGAAUUGGAGGAAGUAGAGGAAGAAGAAGAGGAAGAAGAAGGAGAGGAUUUGGAGGAGGAGGAGGAGGAGGAAGAGGAGGACGAGGCUCGAGGUCGGAAGCGGAAGUACAAGGGUUCACAAUUUAUUGAUGAUGUCGCCGAGGAAGACGACGACGAAGAUGAAGAAGAUGAAGCACCGAGGAAGCGGCGGCAACACCGCCGGGGCUCGGAGUUUAUAGAUGACACUGCAGCUGUGGCAAGUGAUGAAGAGGAGGAGGAAGAAGAGGAAGAAGAAGAUUUUAUUGAGCGAGGAGAUAUUUCACCUGGUGCCGAAGAUGUUCGGCGGCCUCAUCACCGCGCGGCUAUUCGUGAUGACGCCCAAGAAGAUGUUGAAGGUCUUGAAAGAUAUAUUCAGCAGCGCUAUGGACGGCAGGAAUAUGAAACAUACGAUGAAGCCGAAACUACAGAGGUGGAGCAACAAGCGUUGCUUCCUUCUGUAAAGGAUCCGAAGCUGUGGAUGGUGAAGUGCAAUUUGGGGCAUGAACGUGAAGCAGCAAUUUGUCUCAUGCAGAAGUACAUUGACCAAGAACAAAUAAAUCAGCCACUUUUGAUCAAGUCAGCAAUUGCGUUGGACCACUUGAAAGGGUAUCUGUACAUCGAAUCUGAGAAGGAAGCUUACGUAAGACAGGCUUGCAGAGGGAUGCGUAUGAUAUAUAGUCAGAAAGUCACUCUGGUACCAAUUAAGGAAAUGACUGAUGUUUUGUCCGUUGAGAAGAAGGCGGUGGAAAUUGAUCAAGACACUUGGGUUCGAGUUAAGAUUGGUAUUUACAAGGGUGACCUUGCCAAGGUGGUAGAUGUGGAUCACGUUAGACAGCGUGCUCAAAUUAAACUCAUACCAAGGGUUGAUCUUCAAGCCUUAGCGGCAAAGCUUGAAGGACGAGACGAUAUGAAGAAACGGCCAAGACCUGCGCCUCGAUUUAUCAGUAUUCAAGAUGUGAAAGAUUUGAGGAUACCUGUUGAGCGCAAACGUGAUGGUUCCACUGGGGAGCUUUUUGAUCAGUUUGGAGGCAUGAUGUUCAAGGAUGGGUAUCUCUAUAAAUACGUCUCUUUGAAGACUAUUGAUGCGAAGGGUAUUGAACCCUCGCUUGACGAACUUCAGAGAUUCCAGAAACCGGGAGAAGAUGGAAUGGAUGCUCUUGGCCUUCCACCCUCAGCUAUUAAAAAUCGUGGUCAAUUCAUGAAAGGAGAUGCUGUCGUUGUUAUUGAGGGUGAUUUGCGAAAUCUUAUGGGAGUGGUGGAAAAGGUGGAUGAUGAUAAUGUGUACAUUGUGCCCAAGUACAAAGAUCUGAAGGAAACUUUAGUGUUCAAAGAGAAACAGCUCCAGAAAUUUUUUAAGACUGGCGAUCAUGUUAAAGUUAUCGCCGGAAAUCAUGAGGGAGCCACGGGCAUGAUUGUGAAGGUUCAAAAUAACGUCAUCACUAUUCUUUCUGACUCAACGCGAGAAGAUCUUCGUGUCUUUGCGCACAAUAUCGUGGAAAGCUCUGAAGUAACCUCCGGCAUCACGAAAUUGGGAGAUUAUGAAUUGCAUGAUCUUGUUGCUCUAGAUCAAUCAACUGUUGGGCUUAUUGUCCGGGUCGAAAAGGAUGCCUUUCAAAUUCUGAAGGGUAAUCCCGAAAGGACUGAAUUGUUGAUGGUGAAACCAAGGGAAAUCCGCAGAAAAGUGUUUGACAGAAAAGUUUGUGCGCAAGACCGUGAUAUGAACGUGGUUAGCAUGAAAGAUAUUGUGCGAGUUCUAGAUGGACACUGCAAGGGGAAACAAGGUCCAGUUGAGCAUAUCCACCGCGGACUCCUGUUCAUACAUGAUCGACAUCAUUUGGAUAACGGGGGUUAUGUAUGUGUUAAAGCACGUCAGUGUUCAGCUUUAGGUGGCUCUAGAAAUGGUGGCGACCGAAGGAACGGUGGACCAGUGUCAAGUCUGAGUUCCUUGAGUCUUAAUGGGAAUGUUCUCCAGUCCCCACGAAGAGAGAGUCCUUAUGGGGGUCAUGGUGGUGGUGGUGGUCGUGGAGGUGCACAUGGAGGUGGUGGAUUUGGAGGAGGAAGGGCUGGAGGAAGGGGAAGAAGAGAGGAUAGUAUAGUAGGACGGUCUGUGAAAAUUCGUUUGGGGCCUUUCAAGGGUUAUCGUGGUCGGGUUGUAGACGCAACUGACUCGACUGUGCGAAUUGAAUUGGAGUCACAAAUGAAAGUUGUUACAGUGAGAAGAGAGCAGUUAUCAGAUCCCGGUGAGUCACAAACAGUGUUCUUCAAUAACUAUCGGGAGUCACCUCGUUAUGGUGCUGGCAGUGAGACCCCUAUGCAUCCUUCUAGGACGCCUAUGCAUCAUCCUGCUUACAUGACCCCCAUGCGAGAUCCCAAUUUUGCUACUCCCAGUCAUGAUGGAAUGAGGACCCCGAUGCGCGACAGGGCCUGGAAUCCUCAUACCCCAAUGACUCCACAUAGGGGCAACAAUUGGGAUGAUGCCAAUCCUAGCACUUGGGAUACCCACACUUCAACUCCUCAGUAUGAGCCCGGUACUCCUGGAGGGAGGUCAUUUGAAGCGCCCACACCAGGGAAUGGUUGGUCUGCCCAAACUCCUGGUGCUAGCUUUAGUGAAGCUGGCACCCCUACUGAGCCUGCCCAGUCUUACGCUGCUCCAAGCCCUUAUCUGCCAGGUACCCCUGGAGGACCUCCGAUGACACCCGGUGUUCCAUCAUACCUUCCAGGCACUCCGGGAGGACAACCUAUGACUCCUGGAACUGGGGGAUUGGAUCCUACGUCGCCUGCCAUUGGAUCUGGUGGUGCUUUCGAUAACGAAGGUGGAUGGGUGAUGCCUGACAUAGUUGUCACGAUCAGGAAGCUUGGUGAAGAAACUCAAACCGCAGUAAUUCGCGAAGUAAUGCCUGUAAGGGUCAUUGGCUUCUUGACUUUUUUUGCUUAUAUUUGGUCUCCAUGGGAUAUCGCAGCUUGGUUACGCGAUGAUGGUUCUUGCCGAGUUGCCUUGGGUCCAACUGGUGAUGGAGACACUCUGCUUGUUGGUCAAGCAGACAUGGAGCUCGUUCUACCCAAAAAGACUGACAAGAUCAAAAUUGUUUCCGGUGAACACCGUGGAUGUACUGGGAAGCUUAUGGGUAUUGAUGGAGCAGAUGGUAUCGUCAAGUUGGACGAUACACUCGAUAUCAGAAUCCUAGACAUGAGUAGCCUUAGUAAGAUUGCCACAUAAUUAUGACGUACCUAGACCAGCAAAAUUUCUGUGGAGAUGGUAUACACAGCUGUAUUGUAAAUGAUGAAGUUUGUUAGUUUGUGCUUGUUCUUAUAUAAAUCUUGUCAGCCGCUGCAGUGGUCACUUAAUUACAAUAUAUGUGUCGAUCAAGAGACCAGGAGAGGAAGAGACUCGAUGUCAACAGCUGGUCAACAUUACCGUCGCGCUGUGUUAUGUAUAACUAUUACGUUGAAUUUUCAUUUUGUGACAUAUGGGCACCUUCGAAAA